UUUCGCAAGGGCACAAGGAAUAUUUAAAUAAGGUGAUGAUAAUUGGCACAUAUUUGACGAUGAGUGAUACUGAAGUACACCAUGUGGCCAAUGACGCGCCAGCGCCACGCGUAGAUACUGACGAUGACAAGGUGCCAGUCAGAACCGAGUCAGAGACAGAGGAAUUGCGAAUUAGUGCAAGGCGGAAUACGCCAAAAUCAAAGGGGAACUUCUGCUGCAUAGCCAAAGAGUACUAUAGCGAGUACUCCAACCUGAUUGAUUCGCUGCACAUCAUGCCUCGUAUUAUGAUUCACCAUCGCCGUUUCAAGGUCAACUCCACCUACGGCCUCACGCUCAACAUCAGGAACAAUGGACUGUAUCCCCGACUGAUCCAAGUAAGCACGGACAGCCCCGUGGACACAUCCAUCUCGAUACCCGAAUUGGAUCUGCAUCGCUACCUGGAAACCGACCAGACGCUAGAGGUGAAGAUCUGGAUCCGAGCCACCACCUCGCGUGAUAUCAACCGAAGGCGCCACAUUUACGUCGAGUCCUUUCACCCGAACAUCAUCUUCCAAGUGCCCAUCAUUGUGGUGUACAAGCUAGAGGAACCCUCAUUAUGCGAGUUCUUAACCCUGCCGCGCUGCGUCCCUAACAACAAGUCGUAUUACGAGAUGAUCAUCUACAAUCCCACAAAAGAACGCAUCCGAAUGCGCUUCAGAAACACGAAUCGGGGACUGACUUUGAACACUCUGAACAAGGAUCUGCUGCCGCCAAAGGACUAUAUCAAAGUGCUCCUGGUAUUCCACGUCCAGAAGCUGCAAUCGCUGAAGGGAUUCUUCAACAUUAAGUUCGGUGUGAGUGCAUCCAAAAUUAUCAUUUUCGACUUCACGGCCAAGUCGAUGGGCGCUCAUUUGAGUGGAGGUAGCGUAUCCUUCGGCCUGACCAAGUUCUCCCGCGAGGAGCAACGCACUAUAACCGUGUGCAACGAGUCGCCACACGAGGUGAGGGUGUCCUGCAAUUUCGACGGAAACCCGAAUCUGGCAGAGUCGGCGUCGCAGAGCAUUGACUCCCAUUUCUCGAACAAACUGAUCGAUGAGGCCGUCAGCAUGCGCAGCGUCCUUCUCUUCGACUUUGAGGAAAAUCCCAACAUACAGAACGUCAGAUACAGCAUCUCAGCCGCCAAGCACUUCGGGUUCGUUACGCCGCACUCGAUUCCAUCCUGGUCGUCGGCGGAAAUCGUCGUGAGCUUUAGGCCCUUGUACGACGCCACGGAACCCUUCCCAGACGAUGCGGAGCCACCGUACUUCCAGCGCACCCGCCUCACCUUUUGCUUUACCGAUUCCGAAGAUUGCAUCGAGUCGCACUUCCUCGUUGUCUCCGGAGAGAUUGACGGCAUCGAGGUGGAGGUGUAUCCCAAGUUGAUUGACUUUCGCAAGAUCUAUCUAGGGGAGGAGCACUGCUCCCAAAUCAAGAUCCUUAAUGUGGAUGCUGUGCCCGCCAAGGUGGCCUACAAGGACACUCUCGAGCCGGACAUGGGCGGGGUGCGCAUGACGCCCAUGGAGGGAUUUUCUCUGGAGCCCUGCUGCCGGGGCACCUUUAACCUGUCCUUCUACACCACCCAUCCCGCCCGUUUCACGAUCACGCUGCGCUUUAAGGUAGUGAAUGGAGCCCACUACAAGGUCUACCUCAAAGGAACUGGGCAGCAUGUCCAGCUGCGCACCUUUCCACAACUCGUAGAAUUCGGCAGCAUACCCAUGGCCGUGCCUCAGAAGCGGUAUAUGCUGCUCAUGAAUCCGCUGGCGGUGCCUAUUACGCUGCAGGUGAAGGCCAGCGACGAUGGGGAGGAGCAGCCGUUGGUGCUGAACAUUCGCGACUCCACGGAGAUGCUGCCCAUCACUGUGCGGGAUCCCAUCAAGCACUUGCAACGGGCCCACGAGGACAUGCGCAACGAUUCUCUGGAGUACAACAGCAUCAACCUGACGUCAAACACGCCGGAUAUGCUGUCUAUGAAGUCCCUCCACAUAAACGAGUCCUUGUACAGCAUGGAAUUCGAGGAGGAAGUGAUGGAGCCCGUUCCAAUGUUGGCCAGUCACCUGCUGACGAACCUGAAGAAGCAGAAGAUUUUCGACAAGACGGAGACUGACAAGCGGGUGAUCCAGGAGGCGCUGCAUGGACUCAUCAAUACCAAGUACUUCUCCAUAUUCACCAAGCACAACAACUUUAUUUUCAUGGACUGGAACGCGAUACCCAGUGACCCGCGUGAGGUCUACUGCGACAACGAGAUUAUCUACCUGCGGCCUAACACUGGACGCACCAUCACCAUCCUGCUGAUCCCCAACCAGGUGGGGUACUUCCAUCGCGCCCUCAACGUCCGCAUCUGCCCCUCAGUUCUGUCCAAUUCGGGCUCCAGUGAGGAUCAUCAAAGCGUGAAGACGCUCAUCAAGUCGGAUUUUCUGUGCUCCAAGCUAUGGUUCGAGUACAACUGCGUGACCCCAGAGAUUGAGUGGACCAACAUGGUGGACCUCUCGCCUAGGACUGUCUAUGCGGGCGAGAAGUACGAGUUUGACAUGAGCUUCUAUAACAGAUCCACCACCGGUGGUUUUCUGCACUUUGAUGUCAUUCCAAACGAGAUGAAUUUUCGGGAUGGAAUCUGGAAGUUUUACAUUGGCUCUGGUUCUCGCAUCUUCGCUAAAUGCACGGUCACCUUUCGCUCUCUGGGCAAUACCCGGCUUACGGGUCUGGUCAAGAUUGUAGGCGCCCCUCGGCCCUACCCCUUUCAUCUGAUCGCCAACGUCCUGCCCACUGAGAUACGCAUCUCGCCCACCUAUGUGCACCAUCGCCUGCAGACCUAUGAGCUUCACAAGGUCCACUUCUACAUAGACAACUACACGCCCACCAACACUAAGCUAACAAUGAAUUUGAAGGACACCACCGGUCAAUAUCUGACAACAAGGGGCGGAGUACUGGCCUCGACUGGACAGAGCAUGUACACCACGUUGGUGGCGAUAUUCCCCGAUCCAGACCUCUACCAGAACAUCCUUUAUGUGGACUUGCAGUUUGACCACGUGAUGGAGAUACCCAUCACGUUCCUGGUAGAGGGAGUGCCGCUGUACUUUGAGCCCAACAUAAGAGAGGGCUUCGAUGCUGGGCUGCUCUACACCGACACCAAGGAAGAGUUCCACGACAAAAUCUACAACCACCGCUUCCCUGUGAAGGUGAUCAAUAAGGGCCUCCGCUCCUACCGCGUCACCAUCACCCGCCUGAAGACCUACGCCCAGAAAAAUGGACGAUUCUCGUCCUGCUCCUCUCAGCCACUGACGGCCCGUUUUGAUAUAAUGCCCAAGCAUCUCUACCUACCCCCGGAAUGCGUGGAAACCCUUGAGAUAAUGACUAGCUCCUGCCAGGAGGGCGUGGUUUUCAGCGACUUUCUGCUCCAGGUCACCGACCAAAAAUAUCCGCAGCGCAAAUACACCAUCAAGGUCACGGCCAAGGCCACAUUCACCGACUGCCAGCUGAUCUGGAACCGCAAGCAGAUGCUCUUCCAAUACCAUAGCUGUGAGCCGCUGAGGGAGCGCUCAAACGUACAGACCCCUAUUCUGAUCAACCAGCAUUCGGUUCCCAUUGCCGAGGUUAGGCUCCAGGCCACAGGGCCCUUUCGAAUCAAGGAGCUCUACGAGGACUCAUUCGAAAAGGAGAUCCUCAUGCCCAUCGAGGCGCUGCAGCACAAGGAGAUAUUUGUCAUCCUUAACAGGGCGGCCAUGAAGCAGUUGUUCUGCAAGCAGAUGGAGGGUCGCAUCAGCGUCUGGGCCCUGGGGCGACAAUUGAACGCGCUCUCCCUGAAGGUCUCUGUCCAGGCGCCUGACGUACUCAUCCUCCAGCCCGAGGUGGUGCUCUUCGACCGUGGCAUACCAUUCGACAGCAACGUAAGUCUCAUCAAUCAGGGCUGCCUGCGGGCCGAAUUCAAGUGGAAGCGCCUGGAGACGUCCGAGCAGUUCGUGGGAGACAUUGAUGAUCCGGAGGGCAUGGUCGCCGACUUCCUCUCGGAAAUCCUGCGCAUGCUCGAGUACAACUUCAGCUGCGAGGACGAGCCCAACAUGACCCUCCGCUACCAGCAGUGCCGCUGCCAAUUCAGCCACCACUCGGAGACGGGCGACCUCAUCCUGGAGAUACUCGAUGAGAUCGUCAACGACCUGGAUCUCAGCCACCGACCCCUUGUAUACCCAAAGGAGGAACAGUCUGGAGAAGACACCGCAAUGGAGCAGAACAGCACCUCGAGCUUCGUGCGUGACACCAUCUACGACCUGCUCAACAGACUCCACGUCGAUUCCAGUGACCAGCUUUCUCCCGCCUCCUCGGAGUACUGUUUCGCCGAGCGCUUCAUUUACUUCCACGAGAAGCAGGGCGAGGUGGAGGUGCCCGACGUCCAGCCGGACCACCAAUGCCUGCUGCACUUGCCCCACAUUCGGCGCUCACACGAAAUGCGGGCCCUCUUCCAGCUCACGGUUGUGGGCGGACGCAGCCAGUACUUGUCGGUCACUUUGGUCAAUCUCGCACAGAAGAUCAAGUUCCACAAGGAGAGCGUUUACCUAGGGACUAAGCCGUGGUACGAGAGUUUCAAUGCCGUAGUGCGCGUCACGAACGUGACCAAAUACCAUCUACAACUGGUGGUCCUGGAGAUUCCGCCGGAGAGAUCACAGGAGAAGCGUUUCAUCGAGGGCUACUGCAAGCUAGUCAGCAGCGAUUACAUUCACUUGGAACCUCUGGCCAGCGACCAGAUUCGGGUCAAAGGUGUCCUCGGCUUCAGCGAGAGCUUCUGCCACACUUUCGGGGUGGUGAUCAACGCCAGUGCCUCGAACCACUUUUGUCUGAGGGGCCAAGGGGUGAUGCCCAUUUUGGAGACGGACUCGAAGCUGAAAGGGGUCCCCCAGGAGCAGCUUGCUAUCCUGGAGGAAUAUCGCCUGUUGCAGCGCAUAUACUACUAUGAGAUGUUCAAGAGCAUCACCGAGACGGAUGGGGAGCUGACCGCAGCCGAUGGCGAGGAGGAAGGCAUACAGGAGGAUGUCAUAUCCGAAGAUUUCAGUCAGCUCUCGGAGAGCGAAGAGGAUAUGUCCAGUGCGCGACAGCGCUAUCACGACACCCAGCUGUUCAAAAUGGUCCGGAGCUACGUGCUGGUCAACAACAACCAGGAGCUGCCCCACGCUACCAUUCUCAAGCAGAUGCUUCUCGGCGAGCGAUAUCGCAACCGCCUCCGCGACAGCUCCGAGUUGUAUGCCAAGCACCAAGAGGUCUACCAGAGCCAGCAAAAACUCCACAAGGCGGCCAGCUACAAGCUGCCGCCGAAUGUCAAGCACUUCACCGUCCAACCCAUUCCCUGCGAGCAGCAGGGCCACAUCCUGGACCUUGGUCAUCUCAAUCGCAACACCUUGCGCCGCUUCGAACUGCAGCUGCACUUCUUCGGCCCCGGGAAGCUGAUAGCCGCCGCCCGCACGGCUGUCCGGAUACCCGGUCUCUUUGUCGACUUUAGCAUUAGCCCCGAACUGCACGCUGAUAAGAAAUUCUCGUUCUGGUCCGAAAAGUGCACGGCUCUGGAGUACUUCAAGAAGAAAUAUCGAAACAUGCUGGAGCGCCUGAUGGAUGCCCAGGAUCCCAAUCUGAAGCACGCCCACUCCUUCGAUCUGGACCAACUGCUGAAACAUCAGCGGUCACUGUUAGGCAAAGACCGGCACUUAAUGGAGGAAUACUACAACAGUCUCAAUCUCUCGAUCUAUCCCGACCACAAGCAUCACUUUACCCUUGCCAAAGUAUACUCAGACAGUCAGAUGAACUACUCCGGGGUCGAUGUCCGAGUCGUUGGCUACUUCAAGCCAGAGUCGCGUUACUACCAAAAGAAUCAAUUGGUCGAGGACUACAUAUACAUAGACCUUCACAUGGGUCCUACCCUUCCUAUCCUGCUGAAAGGCUAUAUCGCCACUUGACUUAUUUCUAUUCAU